UCUCAACGGCUUCGUUGAUACGGAGUUGCCCCUAGCUACUUGCCUUGCGUGCUCGUUAUCUCAAUCCCUCUAUAUAUAUCUGGAUGAAGGAUUUAAUUAAAGUGCACUUUGCAUUGCUUAGGCGGUAGCUCCAUCUUGAUUUUAUAAAAUUAAGUUGCAGAAGUAGUCAUCACACAUUCAUAUAUCAUAUAGAUAGAUAGAUAGAUAGAUAUAGAUAUUGUUGUAACCAAGCCAUUAUGGAAGCUAAUAAUUACUCCUCUAAUUCAUCAUCCUCAUCCACGUAUUCCCAGCAGCAGGCCCACGCCAUGCUUCACUCUGUACGUAAGCCCCAAUUGAAGCCAUGGAAGAAGCCCAUAGCUCCACUGCCCCCAACACCACCCAGAGUGUACAAGGUGGACCCUGUCAACUUCAGGGACCUCGUCCAGAAGCUCACCAGCGCACCCGAGUUUCAGACUCAGCGUCUCCGCAAAAUCGCGCCGCCUCCACUUGAUGUCGUCGUCCCAGCUGAUCAUCGUCAUCAACAUCAUGAUGAUUCACAAUCGGCCCCUAAUAAUAUUCCACUGGAGUUUAAUUUGUUGCCUUCUCCACUUGGUUGGUGUUCAUUUCCUUUGCUAAGUCCUGGAACCCUUUCCCCCUUGGACCAAACCAGAACCAGUGCAGUGCUUUAAUUAUCUAUAAUUACCAGAUUCCUCCAUUCCAUUGAGUUAUUCAGCAACUUCAACUUGGACCUAUCUGUAAACUAUAUAUUUCUACGCACAAAAAGCAUUUCUCUCCUGUAUUGUCAUUUAUUUUAUCUUCUUAGCUAGAUUAUAAAAACUGUAAUACUACACUACAAGAAACUGUUAAUUUUGUCACGGAAAUUAGUGACGGAUUUCAUUCCGUCACUGAUAUUUUUAAUUAGUGACGGUAUUAUUAAC